AUGGAGUCGCCGGCGCUUGCGGAGUGUCCGGCGCGGGCGGCCGGCCCCGAGUCCAGCGGUCGUGGGCGCCGCCGCAGGUCCUGGGCCGAGCUGCUGGCCGGCAGGGCCGGAAGGACGAGGCGCAGCCCGGGACGCGAGCAAAAGCUGAAGGACGCGGCCGUGCGGCUCCUGAGCAGCCGCCGGGACGUGGGCGGCCUCCUGCUCGAGGUCGGCGGGCCCGGGCCUGUGUUCCUGGGGGAGGACGGUCCGGCCGGCGGCCCCGAGCCCCGCGCGUGGGGCGCCCUCGUCGGGUCCGCUCUGCGGGAGGAAGCCUGCAGGCUGGGGCUUCCAGUGGGGCUUCUGUCGGCGCGGAUGGUGGCUGCCGGGGUCGUGCGCAUUUGUGCUGGGGCGGUGGAGCUGCUGGACGACGAGCAGAGAGAGAACUUGACAUCUCUGCUGCAGCUGGCGCGGCGCUUGGUGGCUACCGGAGACUUCUCCCGCCGCGGCUUCUGUGGAGCACUGUGGGAGCACCAGGAGUCUUUGCCGCUAGAAGUUGUGUGGCAUCUGCACGCCCAGGAUGUCGUGAGCCUGCAGGAGCUGCUGGCACUGUAUCCCAACACACAAGCCAUGGUGGCAUGGGUCUUCCAGAACCUGUGCCGCCUUUGUGAGCAGAUGGAAGAGUCUGGACCUUCCACGAAGGUUGCCAGGGCUGUGCUUACUGGUUUUAUGCGUGUGUUUGUCUCUGUGGGGUUCUGUGACAGCCCAGAGCUGAGAAAUCAUGUGGAGCCUGAGAAGAUGUUCCAGGUCUGCCUGGACGUGCUGCGCAGGAUGCUGACUUUUGGUCUGGAUGUGGUGGCAGACAGCACUCCGGAGGACUCCCUGGCACACAAGGCCGUGAGCUGCUGGUUCAGCCUUUUCUGUGGGCGCACAUUUUGCGGGAUGAUCUCCACAGAUGCCCUAGCGAGCUUUGCCAAGCACACUCUGACCCAGACGCUCACCUACAAGCCGGAACUCACAGUGUCUGAUGCCGUAGAGAGGCAACGAGAGUGGAGCUUCGCCAGGACCCACCCUCUGCUCAACACCUUGUAUCGCAGACUCGUGGCAAUGCUGAGUGCAGAGGAGCUGCUUGGCUGUGUGCAGGAGACCCUAGAGUCGCAGGAGGUCAACUGGCAGUGUGUGCUGGGCUGCGUGUCUGCUCUGGUUGUCUGCCUCCCGAAGGCGCGGCAGCUGCUCAGUGACUGGGUGGCCCGUCUUAUGACCCGGGCAUUUGAGACCUACCACUUGGACAGCAUGGUCAUUGCCUUCCUGGUUGUGCGUCAGGCUGCGCUGGAGGGCCCUGCCCUAUUCCCAUCCUACGGAGAAUGGUUCAAGGCCUCCUUUGGGAGCUCACGUGGCUACCAUGGCGGUAGCAAGAAGGCGCUCAUCUUCCUCUUCAAGUUCCUGUCGGACCUGGUGCCCUUUGAGGCCCCGCGGUGUCUGCAGGUGCAUAUUCUCCACCCACCACUGGUCCCAGACAAGUACCGCUCCCUCCUCUCCGACUACAUCUCACUGGCCAAGACGCGUCUAGCUGACCUCAAGGUCUCCAUAGAAAACAUGGGACUCUACGAGGAUUUGACAUCAACCGGGGACAUUGCAGAGCCUCAAAGCCAGGCGGCCCAGGAUGUCACAAAGGCUGUUGCUGUGUUUGAGCACACGGGGAAGAUCCCGGUCACCGUCAUGGAGGCCAGCAUAUUCCGGAGGUCUUACUACGUGAGCCACUUUCUCCCGGCACUGCUCACGCCACGAGUGCUUCCGAAAGCCCCUGACUCUCGCAUGGCUUUGAUAGACGCUCUGAGGAGAGCUGAUAAGAUCCCCUCCUCUCUUUAUGCCAACUACUGCCAUGGCUGCCGUGCUGCUGGGGAGAGGCUGCCAGAGGGUGCAGCUGCUGGAAGGAGGACAGAGCCUGUCUGUGCCGAAGAGCCUCUGGAGUCCCUCCAGGCUGCACUAAGCAAGCUCAGAACCUGCAUGGCAGACCCCAGCCAGUAUGAUGCUGUGUCUGCCCAGGUAGCUGUGGUCUCUGACAGGCUGAGCAUUGCCUGGGCAUGCAGGGAGGAUGACAGCACUGCGGAGGUGACGAAGAUUCAGCUCAGCAUCCUUGAUCCCAGGCUCGAGCCGCACGAGCAGAAGAUCGUCGACCUCCUGCUGACGUCUUUUUGUCAGAGCCUCAUGGCAGCCUCCAGCUUUGCACCACCUGAACGGCAGGGCCCUUGGGCUGCCCUCUUUGUGAGGACCCUGUGUGGACGUACGCUGCUGCCUGCUGUGCUCACGCGACUCUGUCAGCUGCUUCGGCACCAGGGCCCAAGCCUCAGUGCCCCCCAUGUGCUGGGGUUGGCUGCCCUGGCUGCCCACCUCGGUGAGUCCAGGGCUGUGCUUCCAGAGGUAGAGAUGGGUGGUGCCCCUGCCAGCAGCCUGCCAGUUCCUGAGUUCUUCAACAGCCUCCUGACCUGCAGCACCAGCGAGUCCCUGCUCUUCUGCCUCAAAUUUUGCACGGCAGCAAUUUCUUAUUCCUUGUGCAGAUUUUCUUCCCAGUCACGUGACACUUUGUACAGCUGUUUAUCUCCAGGCCUCAUAAAGAAGUUUCAGUUCACUGUGUUCAGGUUGUUGCCGGAGUCCCGAGUGCCUGUCCCUCCGGAGGACACAGCUGGCCUUCCCUGGAGUGCCCUGCAGCCUCCUGCCCCCUGGCAGAGAGCUGCCCUCUCUCUCUGGAGACAGAGUGGCUUCCAGGAGCUGCUGAAGGAGCAGCAGUUUCGCUUAACGUACAGAGACUGGUUACAGCUGGAACUAGAAGUCCAACCUGAAACUGAUGCUCUCUCAGAUCCAGAGAGACUGGACUUCCACCAGUGGGCCAUCUACCAGCACUACCUCCCAGCGCCAUCUGCUUUAGGGGGCUGUGACGGAGAUCUAGAAGUGGCAUGCACUGUUCUGGUCAACGUGCUGAUGGACUUCUACCAGAGCACGGGGAUUGCUGAGCGCUCACAGAGUCAUGCCCUGGUCUUCGGGGGCCGCACAGGAAAUCGGGACCUUCUGUCGAGGUUGCAGGAAAUGGCUGUUGACCUGGAGCUGCAGCCAGGCCCCAGCACACCUCACGACCUCGCCCCGGCUCGAGGACACUUCCUCAUUGGGGUUUUUCGCAGAAGGCUUCACACCUUAGGGAGUGGUGGGGAUGUGGCUGACCGACUGCUGAGAGAGCAAGAGCUGCUUAUGUGCAAACGGGUGCUCCUCCGCCUGCCUCCUUCUGUUCUUGUUGGCAACUUCCAGGCUCAGCAGCCCAUCCCACUUGCCUGUGAGGAGUUCUUCCAUCUGGUCAACUCGGACCUGAGAAAUUUCUGUUGCCAUGGAGGCGCCUUGACUCAGGACAUCACACUGCACUUUUUCAGGGGGCUCCUCCGUGCGUGUGUCCACAGCAGAGACCCCGCCCUGACGGCCAGCCUGACCUUGACGGAGUGCCAAGCCAAGUGCCCCAUCCUUCUCACCUCUGCUCUGGUGUGGUGGUCAAGCCUGGAGCCUGUGCUGUGUGACCAGUGGAGGAAAUCCUUGCAGGACCCGCUGCCCCAGGAGCUGAGGCAGCUGCAGGAUGCCCAGCAGUUUGCCAGCAACUUCCUCUCCCCUGGCCCUACCUCAUCUCCACCUGGCCCUGCCUGGCUCUCUGCAGCUGCCCUGCACUUGGCCAUCACACGAGUGGGCGAAGAGGACAUCGGGAGUCUACUCAAGAAAGUGGGCUGGGAAACGCAAGAGGAGCUGCUGGUUCCCCUUUUCUUCUUCUCCUUGCUGGGCCUGCUCUCCUCCCAUCUGACCCCAAACGGCACUGCCAACUCCCUGCGGGCUCUGGGUGUCAGUGCAGAGAUCCUGGCUUGUCUGCAGCAGAGGGGAAUACCCUGGCUGGGACUCUUCCAGUGGACAGAAGCAGAGACUGAGCUGGGACGCCUCCUCCUCUGCACAGCCCCUGAGCAGUACACCAGGCUGCUGCCACUGGCCUUCUACAGCCUCCUCCCCUAUUUCAAGGAAGCCACCAGGGAGGCUGCCUUCCUGCGCGUGGCUGUUGACAUGUAUCUGAAGCUGGUCCAGCUCUUUGUGGCCGGGGACAAUGGUGCUAUAGGAACUCUGGCCCACAGGAGCCUAGAGCUCCAGGACCAGGACCAUCCUGUACAGGUGGUUACAAGGGCCCGCAUGUUCCUGCUGCAGCUCAUCCCUCAGUGUCCAGAGGAGAGCUUCACCACUGUGGCAGAGCUGCUGGCAGACCAAGGUGACCAUGACCCAGAGCUGAGCAUGGCCCUACGGGGGAGGCAGCAGGCCGCGCCCGAGCCUGAGCUCCACCAGCAGCCCCGUCCCUCCUGACUGGACCAGCCAGUGCAUGCUGCCCAGCUCCUCUGCACAUAACUUAUAAGCACAAGACGGAGCCAGUGUUGCACUACAAAGUGGAUUACAAACCUGAU